AACUCUUUCCCCAUUCCCGUAAACAAUAUCGGCUCGACGUACCCGCGCCUAUGUCUUCACUGAUCCUCUAAAGAGCCUGCGGCCACGUGUUGAUGAUGCGAACUGCAACUUCUAAGCGCUCAGACAUGGUCUAGAUCUAUGCACGCCGACUCAGUACCUAGGUAUCCCAAGCUAUCUCUUACUGAUCUAAUUCCGACGAUAUGGCUACCACACAGCUGUCAGGGAUGCCUUUUGUGGUGUCGACUAGCUUAGACAAGCCUGACCCCAAUCUGCGCAAGUUCAUUAGGAAGCAUGUCAUGAUGGGGAAGAAUCGGGGGAAAACUCGGCCGACAAAGAAAAAGGAGAAUAAAGUGGUGGAGUUAAGCGAAGUAGUAAACACCACGAAUGGUCUAACUAAAUCACCAAGCAAUGCCUCUUUGAUCGUAAGACGCCACCCGAUCCCACCUAACGUUGGCUCGCAGCUGUCGACGGUCCACUUUGCCGACAAUGUAGACCUUUCCACGGUUGCAGUCGUUUUACGGUUUUCUUCCAUCGCGAAACAAGCUUUAUUCCCAUUAGAGACAUGCAUAUCCUUUGACAAGGGUGACAAGAAGCAGUGGAUUGAGCCACUAGCCUUCGAUGCGGCCUACCUCCAUACUAUGAUUUUUACAACACACGACUACUUCAAUUUGCUAUUGCACCGCACACCUUCUGGUGAGACGUCGCCUCAUUUCUUCAAGACGAUCCAGAUUCUUCGUGAGAGGCUUUUGCACGAGGGAGAUGGUCGUUCUAAAGUUUCAAUCCUCACAGCCUCCGUGGUUUUGGCCCUCGCAGGCCAUGCACUCCUUAUGAACGAAUACGUGUCCGCUAGACACCAUAUGGAGGGCCUUCGCAAGAUUAUUGACCUGAGAGGAGGUAUAACAGCAUUUAAAGGGAGCUCGAAACUUCUAAUAGAAAUCCUUAGAUGCGAUCUCGGGAUGGCCCUUUACACUGGAUUAAGCCCCUUAUUCUCAGACAUACUCUCUUCGGAGCCUUCUCUAUUGUUUCCGGAACCUUUCCCGACAAGUUCGGAUUGGAAAAUAGACAAACUUUGUGGGAGUAUAACCCACGAACUCGUCACAACGUGGAGAGUUAUGGAAGGAUUUUGUUCCCUGAUCAACCUCGCCGCAAAAUCCAAGACCCGCAUUCCAAAAGAAAUGUUCCUGGACACUAUGGCUUCGGUUAUGUAUCGUCUUCUCGAUAUGGAAUUUGACGCCGGCUCAACGAAUGAACUUAUUCGCCUCGGUCUACUGGCUUUUUCUUCAAGCGUUUUUCUGCAGUGGAAGUAUAUGCGGAUGUCGUAUACUCACUUCUCCGCUCUAUAUAAGGAUUGUCUAAUGAGGGGCAUUUUCUCGGACAUGCCACCUCAGUUUCAGCUUUGGCUUCUCAUGGUGGGGGCCGUUUCAGUGUUUACAAAGGCUGACGAGGAAUGGCUGAGACCAUGGCUGCGCGCUAUCAUGAGUUCGUGUAAUAUUGAACUAUGGACCGAUAUGCAGGACAUUCUAAAUUCGUUCAUAUGGAUUAGCUUGGUUCAUGAUGAACUUGGAAAGCAAGUAUUCGACUCUGUCUCUCUGCUUACAAUAACAGCAUAGGACAGAUCAGUUGUCUUUUAGAAGAUAUGCAGUCUUCGUCAAAUCUUCGCAACAGCUAUUACGUAUGGUGACUAGUAACCAAUCAACGUUCACGAGAUACUUCU